GUGUGUGACCUGUGUGACCUGAUCAUCAGGUAUAUCAAGCGUUAAAGCAGCAGCAGUGGUGCAUCUGAAGAAUCCUGGACGAUGGAGCAGCCACGCUUUGUGUUCUUCUUCCUCGCCCUGGUUUCACCCUGCUGGAGUUGGAACGUCCCGGAGUUUUGUUUCGGGAAACAAUGUCCCGCGUUCAAGACGGUGAAUUCACAACCGCUGUUUGAGGAGCGUCAUUAUGAGGCCACAGACUGGAUCACCACCAGAGCACAAGCUCGCUCCAGAGAGGCUUUUAUCCGUGCACGCUCCACGCUGGACUCGUACUGCACGGCACAUGCAAAUCUGAAAGCUGCCACAGACACAUGGCCUGUACUGGCCAUAGCCACAGGAGAGGAAGAUAGUGGGGAGCAGUUUCUGUGCUGGUUUAUUGACCCUCGUCAAACCAUACCUGAAAUCCCUCAUCCACAAAUCCAAGUGCAACAUCUACCUACAUCUACAGUCUACGUCAGGACGUUCAUUGAUUUGCCUUCCCUCGAGAACUUUGAGAAGAAUGCAGCAGAACUUCGCCAGGCCUUGAGAAAUGCUGGGAAAGCGUUUGACGAAGAGAAAUAUGGCGUCGCUGCCUAUGGUUUCCUCACAAAUCUUAGGCAAGAGAUCUGGAUCUGGGCUGCGUGAUCCAGUAUUCUCUCCUAACUUAUCCACUCAUUUAAAUUGUCCUAAUUCAAUAUUGUCUCUAAACUAACUUUUAGACCAUAAUAUCAUCCCAUCUUUAAUUCACAUGCACAUGUUUGUGUCUCUCUCCACUGUCAUUUCUAUAUGAAGUGAUUUGACAUAGUGUACUUUAUGUUUUAAGGACAUAUCCGAACAGAAAUGAAACGAAAAGUAAACAAUCGUUUGUCCUUUUGAAAAUUCACAUCCACUCUAAUUAUUAUUAUUAUUAUUGUUGUUGUUUCAACAUUCAAAUGAAUCAUUCAUCAGUUCCUCGGCUCCACUCUGAUCACAUACUCUAAGGUCAGAUGAGCCUCUUCUUUAAUGCGUGAACAUUUAUAGAGGACACACGUUUCGGACGAUUCAGAAACAAAGUAAAGUGAUUACAGAACAGUAAUGUUCUUUUUGCCUGGUUGUAAUGAAAACAUUGUUUUAUCUGAGGACGAGAUCAUUGUUUUUAUUAAAAAUGAAAUGGUGAAAUGUUUCUGGGAUGGUUUUCGUUGGGUCCCAACAGGAAGGGGGAUAGGGUCUCAGUCAGGCUCCAGUUUAUGCAAAAGGUUUUUACCACGUGUCAAUAAUCUAGGGCUGGAUGCUGCUCUGUUUUUAACUGAUUCGAAACUUUUAAAGUUACUUCCAUUUUAUCAGUGUUUUUAAGUCCUGGACACUUUUUACCUGUAAAAGGCAACAAGUUUGAUUCCCUGCACUGGCUGUUAAAAGAACCGCUGAACCAAGACAAAGGCAAAUGGCAGCUUUUACAUUUUCAUUCAAUUCGACGUGUUUGCCUGCAACAUCAGAAUUCACCUUUUACAAAAUGGAAAAAGAUGUGGUCACUUUUAAGAAUCACUGGUGCAGUUUUAAAAAUAAUAAUCUUUUUAUGUGCAACAUUUCAUCUCAGCACAACUUACAUAUAAUGAGCAGUGAGUUGCACGAAGCUGAACAGAGGCACAAGAGCACCACCUAGUGACUGGAUUGUCGUCAACUACAACAGAAGGUUGUGUUCCUGUUGAAAUGUGAAAUGAUAUUUGUAAAGCUUCAAUAUAAUUAUUACUUGUGUUUUCUCGUUUUCUGACAGACGGUCAAAUAAACGUGUUAAGCACUGUAUAUAAACUCAUGUAUAGGAGAACCCUAUGAUCUACACUGCAGUCAGCCACUAGGGGGUGAUCAAGAUGGUUUUAGGUUAACCUUUGGAGCAAUGUCAUGUCAUCAAUCAGUCCAUGAACAGUUAUUGAUUACACUUAGAAUGACACAGAGAUAAAGGUGAGCAUUUCAUAUCUAUAGAUCUAAAGGACAUAGAUCACUGUCUCAUCACUCAUAUUA